ACAGCAAAUAAAUGAAGUACUAGAACAAAAUUCUGAAAAAGAAUUAAAAGCUCAAAUAAAUCAAGCACUAAAACAAAUUAAUAAAUUAAUUGAGCUUACUGAAAAAAAGAAUAAAGAUAAUACUUCUUCUGGCUA